UACCCUGGAGUUGGUUCACCCUCUCUCACACACACACACACAGAUCCUGAUCAUUCCGCUGAAGAAAGCAGCGCUAAUCACGAAGGAGCGAGUCCCGGAGGAACGACUGAAUCUACCGAACGAUGGAGUUUCUGAAAGACAAGAAAGAAGACGCGGUCGAUGCAGAAACCCACGACGAGCAGAGAGGUCUGAUGGAAGCGGAAGAUGAGAGCGAAGGAGAGAGUGAUGUCGGACAAGAAAGUGACACUGAAGAGGAAAGCGAAGAGCUGCAUGAAAAAUCUUCUAAAAAGAAGGCGUCACAAAAAAGAACUCAGAGAAAUGGAGCUAGAAAGUCGUGCACCUGCCAUCAGUGUGGAAAGAGUUUCACAUGUAAGGGAAGCCUGAAGGAUCACAUGAGGAUUCACACUGGAGAGAGACCUUUCACGUGCAAGUACUGUGGAAUGAGCUUUAAACAAAGAGCAAGCCUUACAGAACACAUAAGAAUCCACACUGGAGAGAAGCCAUUCAAGUGCACUCAGUGUGAGAGGAGUUUUCGUCAAAAAGGAAGUCUUACAGGGCACUUGAAAUUGCACGCUCAAGAGAAGCCUUUUACAUGCCAGCAGUGCGGGAAAACUUUUGCAGUCAGAGGAAACUUAAAUCUUCACUUAACAACUCACUCUGAUCAGAAGCCGUUCAUCUGUCCUCAGUGUGGGAAAGGUUUUAAAAGUGCAGGACACCUGAAAACACACGAGACUUCCCACAGUCAAGUGAAGCCGUAUCACUGCGCUCCAUGCGGGAGGAGUUACAAUACAAUGACCGAACUUAGAAGACAUCUAAAGUCCUUCAUACAUAAUAAAUACCUGCCACUAGAGAAAUUCAUGCUCCAGAGUGGCUCCCAGGGGCAGAUCGGCAAUCUAGCAAAUAAUGCUACCCGGCCUGGUCCCGAGACGGGCCGACCGAACCCUUCAGGCAAAAUCAGUCACGUCCUCAGAGAGAGUACAACACCAGCUAAUUUUCAGUAAAAGCUAGAUAUAUUCCAUUCUAUUUUGUACUGUUAUUAGUUGUUUGUAUUCAGGUGUAUUCCAAUGUUCAGAGCAGUCUAAGAAAAUAUUUUGCUGUACGUCCUGUACUGUGUUCAUUGUUGCUGGAAUCAGUAGAGCCAGAGAGCCCUGGUCUUCCUGUAGCAGUGCUGUGAGGAAGGAUGAUACGGUCGGUCUAGCAGAGACAGAGGAGUGUGGAAGAGGUAGGAAAUCAACAGACAGAAUGACAACAAAGAACAACAUACUGUAGAGAAUGAUAGUAACAGCAGACAAAUGGCAUAAAUAGACCGCACACAGACUGUACAACAUCCUCAGAUUCUUGUUCUUGUGUACAAAUGUAAGUAGUGAUUGUGUGUGUCCGUGGAUGGGGUUGUGUGGGAGUUGGUGAGGCUGAAGUGCCAGGGCUGAAUUUUUGUCCCAGUCCACCCUGAUGGCUCCUCAGCUCAUGGUUUGCCCUCAGGAAUUAAUGUGUUUUUCACUAGGACACACUUCUUGCAGUGAAGAUCCUGCUGUUUUAGUGAAUUCAUGAAUUAAACGAAAAAAUAAAACGUCUAUAACUGUAAACAGAUGCUUUACCAUUCGGAGGUAACUACACUUUUAAAUGAAUAAAAUUAACUGUGUAUGAUACCAUUCAAAAA